AAAGAAAAUAAAUCCCUCAAAGCAUUUGCAUUACACAUUGAGUUUUGCUUGUUUUUCGAUUUUAACGAGUAGUUCUCUCGUUUAGUUCUCUAAAAGCAGUUGUUAUUUUAGGAAGUAGUUUUUUUUCAACAGAAAUUGAAGUUUAAAUAAUGAGGCUUAUCGAAAAGGUGUUCAAUCCGACUGGCAAAGUUCAUUUGGGCACGUUAAUUUUCUUCCACGGAUCAGGUGACACCGGGAAUGGCUUGACGGAAUGGAUUCGAUUUUUGCUUGGCCGUGACAUGGAAUUCCCGCACGUUAAGGUGAUAAUUCCGACUGCUCCGGUACAACCGUACACCCCGAUGGGUGGAGAAAACUCGAACGUUUGGUUCAACCGGAAGCGGAUAGAAAUGGACUGUCCGGAGAUCCGGACUUCACUGGCCUCAAUCUACGACACCGUGAACGAAAUUCUGAAGCGAGAGAUAGCACUGGGUGUGCCCGUCAAUCGGAUUAUUGUCGGCGGAUUCUCAAUGGGAGGAGCACUGUCGUUGCAUACGGCGUACCAUCUGAAUCGGGACUUGUUGGGAGUUUUUGCGAUUUCUUGCUUCUUGAACACUGGUUCCAUCGUGUACGAUUCUUUGGACUGUGUUAGCUCGGAUGAACCCCUGCCGGAGUUGUUGAUGUUUCACGGGGAGAAAGAUACGCUAGUGCCGAUCGAGUGGGGCAGAACGACGUUCGAUGAGUUGGCCAAGCUGGGUGUCCGGGGUCAGUUUGUGCCGCAUCGCAAUGCGCUGCACGAGAUUAAAAAAGAUCAAUUGAUCCAGAUCAUCGAAUGGGUGAACCGACUGAUUCCCGAACCACGCGAGGUCACACCGGAGGAACCUGUUCACAAAGUGACUGCUACCAAGAAAAAAGGAAAGCUGUAGCGAACACGUUCGUUCCCGGAGCGACAUCAGCAGGGAGACAAAGAAAAAAGUACCUAAACAGAUUCUUUACUAAAAAUGGGUUUUCACUCUCAUACAGUUUUGUUACGUUAUCAGUUCCUUAUGUUUGCACUACCGUCUGGCGGCAAUAAAUCUUAUUCCAGGCUAUGUAAA